AUGCCUAAUCUACGGACGAGACGAAGCCUACUGUCGGCGCCCGCAAAGAAAGAAUUGGAAGACGAAGAAGACGUCAAUGCCCCACCUCGUGGAACCAGCGACGAGGAAGGCUUCUCCGAUUCCGAAGAUGAGCAGAGCGAUGGACUGGAAAUACCUACACCUCGCAAGUCACGAACCCCGCGGAAUGGACAAACAGAAAAGACACUAGAGCAGAAACUCGCUGAGAAUAAUGACGGGCCGGACUUCACGACCAAGUCACCAGGUUCAAGUCGCAAACGGAAGGCAACGGGUGUGCUUGGGCCCGAUGACAUGGCAUUACAGGACCCCUUUGAUACGUGGUCGUCGCAACGCAGCAAACGCCCAAGUCUGGGCUAUGGUUCGAGGUUUCGCAAAACGCCUAGUUCAAGUAUGGUCGAGUCGCAUGCCCCCUCGAGUGCGCCGCAGCCGAAGUCGUCUGUAACUUCGUUUUCUACACAAGCGGAUAGUCCUGAGGAGGAGAAAGAGGAGGAAGAAAGUGGAUUCAGGGUUCCACGUAACCCUGAAAUAGAGCCUCCGCCUUCAAGUCUCGAGAUACCCGAGUCCGAUGAUGAGAUAAGCGAUCUAAGCUCUGCGAAGAGUUACGAUUCUGCUGGCUUUCCUACUUUCGACGAUUCCAAGAAUGCCGAACCGGCCGAAUACCUGUGUCCGAUGUGCAAGGAACCGGUUGAGCCGGAACUGUUGAUUAAAUUUCAAGCUCAACCAAGACAGCGCAUUAGGGACCAGUAUGUCUUCUGCGAGUCUCAUAAGAAGCCUGCUAUGGAAAAGGAGUGGGAAGAGAAAGGCUACCCAACAAUUGACUGGGGAAGGUUUGACGAACGUAUCGAAGCGCAUUUUGAUGAGCUGGAGAAACUCAUCGUCCCGGAGAGUUCGUCGUAUUACCGGAACGUUCUUGACACUACAAUUAAAUCUGGAAAGGCAAAGAACUUCCGCCUCACUCUAGCUGGCGACGCCCUAGAAACGAUAUCAUGCGGGUAUUACGGGACUCGGGGUUCCGGGAGGAUGUUACAAGCAAUUACAACGCGCUUCGCACGAAAGCUCCGGCGCCUAGCAACAGAAGACAACAUCGUAAAGCAGGCCGGCGUGGUCCCAUACUCACAAGCUGUCCUAGUCCCCGAACUUGCCGUUAGGUUAAUAAAGGAGGACAUGGACGUUGACGACGAUUCCGCGCGACAGAUAAUGCGAGAGAGCGUUGAUAUCGGCGGGAAGCUAAAUCCCGCUCCAAAUGAUACUGUGCCGGUCACAGAGGAGACAAUUGGAAACGACGAUGGGGUUCUCAAUUAG